GCACCACCAGCCACCACAACUGCACCACCAGUCACCACAACUGCACCACCAGCCACCACAACUACGGCAACUGCGCCACCAGCCACCACAACUACCGCACCACAAGCCACUACAACUACCGCACCACCAGCAGCUACAACAACCGCACCACCAACCACUACAACUACCGCACCACCAGCCACUACAACAACUGCACCACCAGCCACCACAACUACGGCACCACCAGCCACCACAACUGCACCACCAGCCACCACAACUGCACCACCAGCCACCACAACUACAGCACCACCAGCCACCACAACU